AAUAUCGAAGCCACCGAAGUUGAGUGAUCACAAGAAGCUCGAUCGCGUCGCUCCGCUGCCUCCUCGUUUCGUCUCUGAGGUUGAAGAGAUAAGCCUCAUUCUCAUUUCCUUCCAGAAAUGGCAUCACUGCAUACUAGCUUGACGACAGUUGUCUGCAAGAGUGGCAGCCAUUGUGUUCCUUCCAGGUUCCCAAGGACCAUCUUCUUGCCAGGGUUUGAUGUGGGUGGGCGCAUUUCAACUGCUUCUAAGAAGGACAUGCUACUUGGCUUCCAAGGCCCUAGAGCCACAUUAACCUUUGAUCCUCCCACUACCAAUUCAGACAAAAACAAGCCAAGGAAGCACACUAUUGACCCUGAUUCUCCUGACUUUCUGUCACUUCCACCCUUUGAAAAAUGUUUUCCAAACAGCUCUAAGGAAUUCAGAGAACUUGCUCAUGAAGAAUCUGGUCAUGUACUCAAAGUUCCCUUUAGGAGGGUCCAUCUCUCUGGGGGUGAACCAAGCUUUGACACAUAUGAUACAAGUGGCCCUCAGAAAAUUAGUCCACGUGUUGGACUCCCUAAACUGCGAAAGGACUGGAUUGACAGGCGAGAGAAGCAGGGUGCACCAAGAUACACUCAGAUGUACUAUGCUAAGCAGGGAAUCAUAACUGAGGAAAUGUUAUAUUGUGCUACUCGUGAGAAGCUUGACCCCGAGUUUGUGAGGUCAGAGGUUGCUCGAGGGAGGGCAAUUAUUCCUUCCAACAAGAAGCACUUAGAGCUGGAGCCCAUGAUUGUUGGAAGGAAUUUUUUGGUCAAAGUUAAUGCAAAUAUUGGGAAUUCAGCUGUUGCAAGCUCUAUUGAGGAAGAAGUUUAUAAGGUUCAGUGGGCAACCAUGUGGGGCGCUGACACCGUUAUGGAUCUCUCUACUGGACGCCACAUUCAUGAGACUCGUGAAUGGAUCUUACGUAACUCCGCUGUGCCAGUGGGGACAGUCCCUAUCUAUCAAGCACUUGAAAAGGUGAAUGGAAUUGCUGAAAAUCUUAGCUGGGAGGUCUUCAGGGAUACCCUCAUUGAACAAGCUGAGCAAGGUGUAGACUACUUCACUAUCCAUGCUGGCGUUCUGUUGCGAUACAUUCCCUUGACUGCAAAACGCAUGACAGGAAUUGUCUCACGAGGGGGAUCUAUUCAUGCAAAAUGGUGCUUAGCUUACCACAAGGAGAACUUUGCCUAUGAACACUGGGAUGACAUACUUGACAUAUGCAAUCAAUAUGAUGUGGCUCUCUCAAUAGGGGAUGGGUUGAGGCCUGGAUCUAUAUAUGAUGCUAAUGACAGUGCUCAGUUUGCAGAGCUUUUAACGCAAGGGGAACUGACCCGCAGGGCAUGGGAAAAGGAUGUUCAGGUAAUGAAUGAAGGACCAGGUCAUAUUCCAAUGCACAAGAUUCCUGAAAAUAUGCAAAAACAGCUGGAGUGGUGCAAUGAAGCACCUUUCUAUACUCUUGGUCCUCUGACAACUGAUAUUGCCCCUGGAUAUGACCAUAUCACCUCUGCAAUUGGUGCAGCCAACAUUGGAGCUCUUGGCACAGCACUUCUCUGUUAUGUAACUCCAAAGGAGCACCUUGGGUUGCCAAAUAGAGAUGACGUGAAGGCUGGAGUUAUUGCAUAUAAGAUAGCUGCCCAUGCUGCUGAUUUAGCCAAAGGUCAUCCACAUGCUCAGGCUUGGGAUGAUGCAUUAAGCAAGGCAAGAUUUGAAUUCCGAUGGAUGGACCAGUUUGCUUUAUCAUUAGACCCUAUGACUGCCAUGUCCUUCCAUGAUGAAACUCUGCCAGCAGAAGGUGCCAAAGUGGCUCAUUUUUGCUCCAUGUGUGGACCAAAAUUUUGCUCCAUGAAGAUAACUGAGGAUGUUCGUAAGUAUGCUGAGGAGCAUGGUUAUGGAAGUCCUGAGGAAGCUGUGCAGCAAGGGAUGGAUGCUAUGAGCGCUGAAUUCCUGGCUGCUAAAAAAACUGUUAGUGGGGAACAACAUGGUGAAGUUGGUGGAGAAAUCUACUUGCCUGCAGAUUACAUUAGUUCUGCUGCCAAGCAAAGGAACGCAUGAACAAUGGAAAUCGCUCUGAAAAUCCUUCGAGUCUGAUGCAUGAUUAGCUCAAUAAUAACAGUGAAAUGCAGUUCUUAAGUAUGGUACUUUUGGUGAGUACUAGCAUGGUUUGUUGAGUAACUUUUAAGACUUUGUUAGUUCUGCUAGUCUCUUUUAAGUCUUGGUAAUAAUGGAAUGUGUGUGUUAAAAUUUCCAUCUACUUGUUUAUUGUUUUUGCCGUUCUAUUGACAUAAAAAAGCACCAGGGGUGCCUGCAUCAGCCUUAGCGCCUGGCAUUUUAUGGCUCCCAGGGCUGGGCAGAUCAGGCUGAGAAAGUCCCUUUGAACCUGAACGGGGUAAUGCCCGCGUAGGGAGUGUGCUUCCAUUGUUUUCGUGCUUGAACAGGGAAUGACUCCCAUUGAUGGUUUGGGCAAGCUGAUCUAUGAGGGCAGAUUCUGCUUCAUGGGCUGACUUAUUUUCACUCCAGUGGUAAAACUACAUUGCAAAUCUCUCAUGCCUGGGCAGGAUUUCAAAAAUGAACAAAUAAAAAUUGAUAAUGAUUGUUUAAGUUACCACUUAAUUGAACCCUGUCUGAUAUAUGGUAAAAUUAUUGAAGAGAAAAACUUUGAUUAUCAGAGUAUCUUCAAUAAGUAAAAUGUGAUCAU